AUGCCCUCUCCAUCACAUCCUGACAACAAUGAGGAUGUUUCUCAGAAGCCUGCUGUAAAGAGGGACGAUGAUGAUACCAGUUUUGAACGAGACGCUCGAUCUCGCAGUAGGAAAUCGUCUUCCUCUCAUCGGCGUGAUGACAAUAAAGAAAGGAAACACAAUAAGAAACGACGACGGCACUCCAAGGAAACGAGAAAGCGAAAACGACGAAAACACUAUUCAUCUAGCAGCAGCGAUGAUGAUUCGUCCUCCCCAUGUAGCAGCAGCGAUGAUGAUUCAUCCUCCUAUCAUCGUCGAGACCGCAAUCGAAAGAAAGACCGCCACAAGAAACGACGGAAACGGUCGUCGUCCUCCUCCAAACGAAGGAGGCGUGAUAGAGAGGGCGAUUCCAAAGACAGAUCCGUAGUAUCCGAUAGCAAAGUCAAAGAAUGGAAGGAAGGCAAUCUGGAGCCAAUGCAUGCGCCGUCAAAGGUCGCAGCAGAAGUUCCUCCUCCAGUAGUGGACCAGCAAGCACCCCAAAAGGAUGACACUCCAAAGCGAAAAGCCAUGAUGGUACCAAUGUCCAAGGCAGAAUACGACAAGCAACAAUCACAAGUUCGACAAGUCUACGAUCCCGAAACUGGGAGGGUGCGAUUGGUCAAAGGUACGGGUGAGAUUAUUGAAUCGAUAGUGUCUCGAGCCGAUCAUCAACGGAUCAAUCAACAAGCGACGAGGGGAGAUGGGGCUAGCUUUGCUAGAAGUACCUUGACAGUGGCUGCAAAACAACGAAACUACUACCAGAGAUAG